AAGCGAAACGUCAAAAUCAGUCGGUCGCCGAAUGCGGCGCGGCGUGUUGUCGCUUAGUCUAAUAAAUAUUUGAGAAUGGUGUAUUUUCCGGUGCGAAAGUGCUACCAGGCGGCCAAAUUGGUGUUGUUGGUUGUUUUGGUGGUGACAAUCUUGGCUCUGUUCGAGCAGUGGCGAGGUGGUAAGAGGAAUGCACAAGCGGAGUACUCGGAUCCAAUGGAGGCUGAAUACGAGAGACAGAUAUUAGAAGACGAGGCGAGAAUCAUCCCUGGGCUGGGCGAGGGCGGCGCCGCCGCGCACCUGCUCGGGGAAGAGAAGAAGCUGGGCGAGGAGUCUGAGAAAAAACUGGCCAUCAACGUGUACCUGAGCGACAGGAUACCGUACAACAGAACUUUGAAAGACUAUCGCAACCCAGCCUGCAAACGCGUAGUGUAUGAUGCUGAACUUCCGUCAGCCUCCGUCAUCCUGAUAUUCCACAAUGAGCCUUAUUCCGUAGUAGUAAGGACGAUAUGGAGUGUGGUGAACAGUGCGCGCCGCAGCCAGCCAUGGUAUAAGCACGCCAACUUUAUGGACCGACAGACUGGCAGAGUCACUACUGUGGGGUAUCCGGGCCAAGAUCCGAACUCGGAGUUCGUGUACCUGAAGGAGAUUAUCCUGGUGGACGACAACUCGACGCUGCCCGAGCUGAAGGGCAAGCUCAGCCAUUACGUGCGCACCCGGCUCCCGCCAGACCUCAUCCGGAUAUUGCGUCUGCCUGACCGUGUGGGGCUGACGCGGGCGCGGCUAGCUGGCGCGCGCUACGCCGUGGGCGACGUGCUCGUGUUCCUGGACUCGCACUGCGAGACGCAGCCCGACUGGUUGCGCCCGCUGCUGCAGACCAUGAAGGACGACCCGCACGCCGUCGUCGUCCCCAUCAUUGACGUCAUCGAGGCCAACAAUUUCUUCUACAGCGUGCUCGACACCAAAACAUUCCAGGUGGGCGGGUUCUCAUUCAUGGGCCACUUCACCUGGACGGAUGUACCGGAGCGUGAGAAGAAGCGAAGAGGCUCCGACAUAGCGCCAACCUGGUCCCCAACGAUGGCGGGCGGUCUGUUCGCAAUCAGCCGCACGUACUUCUGGGAGCUGGGCGCAUACGACGAGCAGAUGGGGGGUUGGGGAGGGGAGAACCUCGAGAUGUCAUUCAGGAUCUGGCAGUGCGGCGGCACGCUGGAGACGAUCCCGUGUUCCCGCGUGGGACACGUCUUCCGCAGCUUCCAUCCGUACGGGAUGCCCUCACACAUGGACACGCACGGCAUCAACACGGCGCGCAUGGCCGAGGUGUGGAUGGACGAGUACGCCGAGCUGUUCUACCUCCACCGACCCGACCUUAGGAACAACCCGAAAAUCGGCGACGUGACCCAUCGAAAGGUGUUGCGGGAGAAGUUAAAGUGCAAGAGCUUCCAAUGGUACUUGGACAACAUAUACAAGGAGAAGUUCGUGCCGGUCCGCGACGUGUACGGGUACGGGCGGUUCAAGAACGAGGCGUCCCGGCUGUGCCUGGACACGUUGCAGCGCGAGGGCGAGGCGGCGCCGCUCGGCUGCUACCCGUGCCACCCCGACCUGCAGGCCACGCAGUACUUCUCCUUCUCCUUGGCGGGGGAACUACGGGACGAGUUCAACUGCGCCGUCGUACAGACUGACAGACAGUCGUUGGGUCCGGGCACGUCCCGCGCGGUGGUGAUGUCAGCGUGCCACGGCGCGGGCCGCGAGCAGCGCUGGCGCCGGCUCAGCUCGGGCCAGCUGCAGCACGUGCGCACCGCGCUCUGUCUGCGCGCGCCGCCCGACAUCGGGGACGUGCAGGCUGACGUCUGCCGCCCCAACGCGCCCGACCAGAUCUGGACCAUCGACUACACCGAGGACAACAACUUCCACGCCAACGAUGUCAGGUUCGGUGCCGAGCGAGAGAAGCGACUGAACAGGCUGCGCGGGCAGAGACGUAUCUCCCGGUCCCUCCUGUCGUACUCGGAGCCCCGCUCCAACCUGCUGGAGGACGCGCAGCCCGGGGACUCCGCUAACGCCACCGUGCGACGACACGCGCAUAAGGGCAAGCACCGCAAGCGACACGGACGCAAGCGUCGCGGCAAGAAGCGAACCAAGAACAAGUUCAUACUGAAGAUAAUGCGGACCCUCAUGAACGGCACGGAGGAACACCUGGAGAUGGACAUCCACUGCAAGCACCGACAGCUCUACCCCAACAACACCUUCGUGCGCGACCUCGUCACCAUACUCAACGAUAAGAACGUUAAGGUGAUAAACAACGGUCGCGUGUUCGAGCGCAACAAGGUGACGGAGGUCCAGCAACAGGCGCAGAAGGUCCUCAAUAAGCUGGACAUCGAGCCCUCCCCGCCCUCCCCAUCCAGCUCGCCCCUCCGACACCAGCCCGGCUCCCAUGGGGGGAACCUCGCGCAGAUGCGGGAAGGGCAACAAGUAAAGCUGCGCCUGAAGAAGAACAAGUCCCACCCCGCCGUGCAGUCCGUCAUCACCCGCGAGCCCGCCAACGCCGCGCUCUCCCAUGGCGGGGGCCCGCGGGGGACUCACGGGGGCCAUCGAGGGGGGGACAACAAGAUCAUCAUCGAGGACUUCGUGGAGGUGAAACGACUCACCGUCAGCCCUCCUCCCAAGGAGGGGAUGGAGGGACAGUCACAGCACACCCACAAACGCAAACGCAAGAAGAACCGCGGCGCGUCCCGCUCGCGCCCGACCGCCUCCACCACCCCAGGCGCGACCUCCACCCCUCCCCCGCCGCCCCCCACUGCCAUGGUCCUCCCGGAGCCUGAGUCCCUCCACGAGCGACUCGCCGACAGUCGCUCCGAGGAACAUACUUCCAGCGACAAGGCCGACAAUUCCGCGGAGACGCCACUGCUCAGCGAUAGCAUGGAUCGCUCCGAUGGCCGCGAGGACUGGCCCGUCGGCGAGUCUCGGUACCGCAGCAAUCCGCAGCGACGCAGCAACGUUGACUCGCAGUCCGCCGAGCGCCCCGCCCCCAGCCAGCCCCGCCUCGAGCCCCACCUCGAGCCCCGCCUCGAGCCACGCCUCGAGCCCCGCCUCGAGCCCCGCCCCCCGCACCCACACACACACCAGGAGCCCGACAUACAGUACACGAGGGACGAUCCCCUGACGGCGUUCCAGCCGCCCGGAGGGGGGGACCAAGGGGGGGCGGCGCCCGUCAAGGUUGUCAUGCGGAGCAACCUCACCUUCAACCUCGGAGACGACUUCUUCGCCUGGAAGAAACGCACCGCCGACGAACUCGUGAACGACUUCCUCGGCGAGCUCGCCAUACCAUCGAGCAACAGCUCGCAGGCGACGCGCCCCUCUAGCGGCCAGCACUCCUCCUCGUCCUCCGACAGCAGCGGCGACUGACUACCGUGACCUCCUCACGACUCACUACACAGCAACGUUCCUUGUCGCGCGGACGACAUGUUACCUAAUACUACUGACGAUGAUAGAAUGUCAUCCGUUUGUCUAUUAGCUCGGAACCAAUAACCACAUUACGCCAUCGUUCUAUGAAGUUGCCGUUUCCGUAUGAAAGUGCCGUUUCCCUAUAAAAGUGCCGUUUAGCUUUGAAAGUGCCGUUGGCCUAUGAAAGUGCUUUUAAGAAACUGCAACUUUAUAGGGUCUAAAAUAAUUUAUUCGUAUAAAAUAUUUUUUGACGUCCAGUAACUUGUCGUGUUAUAUACAGGGUGUGUAACGUGACAUGUUAUAUACAGGGUGCUGCAUUUAUUGAUUGUGUAAGUUUAUCUCGUAAAAAACAAGUGUCGCUAGUGUCGAUAGCCAAAUGUUAAUAUUUCCGUGUAUUAGUAUAGUUUGUAGAUAUAGUGGGGAUGUUUUCUUCAGUAAUUUAAACCAGAUGAUGUAGCUAAGAUACUUUGACUUUUAUUGCCUUAGACUUAAAGUCAAUUUUUCAAUGGCACCGUGAGAAACACAUAUUACCUUUCUAUUAU